AUGGAGGAUUGCGAGGUUCUAAGCCAAGCCUCUUCAAUCUUCGGGCUCAGAGAGGCCAAAGCGGCAAAUCCAGGCCUAAACCGCAUCAGUGCCCCGUUGCACUCUCAGUUGUGCGAGUCGUGGCAACAAGAAAUCGCAGUCCUGAUCGUCGACGAGUCCCAUGAGUGCCGAAACUCUGACUCGGUAUACUGCGAAGCGAUCCAGUCACUUAAGUAUCACCAUAUACUUAUGCUGACUGGAACCCCGAUCUACAACACCUUGAGUGACUUGGUUGGGCAGACCAUGCUUCUGCCUUGUGGUGGUCUAUUCAAGUCGUUGGAACACUUCAGGUCCAUUUUCUGCCCUGUUAAUGAAUUCAACCCACAGGGUGUUUGGCGUGACCCUUACCGUCGCCUCUAUCGGAUCCUCAUCAUGGCUCAUCCAAAGAACGUCAUUGAUAUACUGCCUAUUCGAGUUGUAUCUCGAGAGGUCAAGUUAACUGACCGGAUCACUAUUCUGCGCAUUGAUACGCUUAUGGCGAGAUUCAAUACCCUCUUGAGGAUAGAGCGUCAUUACGGCAGUGGUUCUGGUCGCAACAUGUUUACAGCCAUGGGCUUGCUGUCGCAGGCAGAGCAGCUGUCUGCAUGCCCGCUGCUCCAUGGAGCUACGCUCCGUAACCCAAAGCAGGCGAAACGCGAGACCGAGGAAUUUAUGGCAACAGCCCUUCAACUGCUCCGAGCACGACACCCUGAAGCUACCCUUGACGGAACAACUGAGCUUAUUGCAUGUUCGCUACUCCAUAGAGUCACAUUCCAUGAUAUGGCGACGGGGCGGUGCGAGACUGCAGUUGAGGAGUGA